UACCCAAGACAUAUGAAAACGUGUCCACGUGAAAACUUGUACAUGAAUGUUUAUAGCAUCCUUAUUCAUAAUAACCAAAAAGGGAAACAACCCAAAUGUCCAUUGACUAAUGAAUGGAUAAACAAAAUGGUGUAUUGAAUACUAUUCAAUGAAUAGUACAAUGAAUACUAUUCAGCCAUAAAAAGGAAUGAAGUUCUGAUUCAUGCUACAAUAUAGAUGAACCUUAAAAACAUUAUGCUGAGUGAAAGAAGCCAGUCACAAAAGGCCAUAUGUUGUACGAUUCCAUUUAUAUGAAAUGUCCAGAAUAGACAAGUCCAUAGAAAGUAGAUUGUGGUUGCAGAGGUUGUAUUCGUUUGCUCAGGCUACCGUAACACUGUGCAACAGACUGGAGGGCUUAAACAAUAGAAACUUAUUUUCUCACAGUUCUGGAGGCCGGAAGUCAGAGAUCAAGGUGUUAAAAGGGUGGGUUUCAUUCUGAGGCCUCUCUCCUUGGCUCGUUGAUGACCCUCUUUUUCCUCCUCUGUGUGUCUAUGUCCUGAUCUCUUCUUAUGACACUAGUCAUAUUGGAUCAGGGCCCCCUCUAAUGACCUCAUUUUACCUUUUUAGAGAUGGUGUCUCCAGGAAAUUCCCUGGCAGUCCAGUGGUUAGGACUCCGUGCUCUCACUGCAGAGGGCCCGGGUUCGAUCCCUGGUCAGGGAACUAAAAUCCCACAAGCCGGGUGGCACAGCCAAAAAAAAGGUGGUGUCUCCAAUAAGGCACAUUCCGAGGUUGGGGGGUGCGGUCUACAUAUCAACACCAUAUGAACGGGGACACAAUUUAGCACCCCAUAACACGAAGGAAUGGGGGGUGACUGCUAAUGAGCACAGGACUUCUUUUCAGGGUGAUGAAAAUGUUCUGAUAUUAGAAAUUUGUGCUGAUCAAUGCACAAAUUUGUGAAUACAGGCACACCUCGAAAAUACUGCAGGUUUGGUCCGGGACCACCACAGUAAAGCGAACAUCACAAUAAAGCAAGUCACAUGAAGUUUUUGGUUUCCCAGUGCAUAUAAAAGUUACGUCUGUGCUAUAUUGUAGUCUAUUAAGUGUGCAAUAGCAUUAUGUCUAAAAACACAAUGUUCAGACCUAAACUAAAAAACCUUUUAUUGCUAAAAAUGCUAACCAUCCUCUGAGCCUUCAGUGAGUCAUAGUAGUAACAUCAAAGAUCACUGAUUACACCUCACCAUAAGAAACAUAAUAAUAAUGAAAGCGCUUGACAUAUUAUGAGAAUUGCCAAAAGACAAUCGCCAAAAUGUGACACAGAGACAAGAAGUGGGCAUACGUUGUUGGAAAAACGGUGCCGAUAGACUUGCUCGACGCUGGUUUGCCACAAAUCUUCAAUUUGUGAAAAACAAAAUAUCUGCAAAGUGCAAUAAAACACGAUAUGCUUGUAUACUAAAAGCCAGUGUCCACUCUGAAAGGACAAAUUUGCCCUGGGGCAAGAAGGAGUCUGGUUUGCAGAGAGGGAAGAGAAAGAUGGGGUGAGUCGAGCUGGUGGAGAUGGCAGGAGCCUCUCUCAACCCCAUGAGCCCCAGUACUUCACUGGUCUGCUCCCUAUACAAGACUUUGCCCUUCUCCACUGUGUCUGGCAUUAAAACUCAUUGUAAGGGACCCUUUCAAACUGGGACUGGGAUUGGAAUUGGGUAUCUUUUAAACCUUCAAAGGGCAACUUCUGUUCCUCAUGGGCAGUUUGCCAUGGAGCAUACGGACGCAGCUCUAGAUAACCUCUUGCUUAUUGUCACAUAGUGUUUCCUGUGUGUCAGGCAGGCACUGUUCUAAGUCCUUGUCAAUUACUAAGUCAUUUAGUUCCAGCAGACCAGUAAAGGGACUUCCCUGCAGUCCAGUGGUUAAGACUUCGCCUUCCAAUGCAGGGGGUAUGGGUUCGAUCCCUGGUCAGAGAGCUAAGGUCCCACAUGGCUCGUGGGCAAAAAGCCAAAACAUAAAACAGAAACAAUAUUGUAACAAAUUCAAUAAAGACUUUAAAGAAUGGUCCACAUCAAAAAGAAAGAAAUCUUAAAAAAAAAAAAAAUCCAGUAAAGUAGGAACCAUUAUUCUCCUGCCCAAAGUCACGCUGCCCAUGCAGAUAAUAAACGGCGGAGUCAGAAUUCAGACCCUGGCAGCCUGGCUCCAGGGUCCACGCUGUUACCCACCCCACUGUGGGGCUCAUAGCAAGCCUGUGGGUUAGGACUUGUUAGCCUAUUGCAGCCUCAAUUUACAGAUGAGGAAACUGAGGCCCAGAGAGGUGAACGACUUGUGGCUGGGGUCGGACUGUGAGUUAGGACACGUUGGGAUGGUGUGGGCACGUGCACAGGUAAGGGACCUCGGCGCCCAGUGACUCACAGGAACAGAGCCUGGGGUCGGUGGGUCUGGGGGGAAGGUUGUGAUGGGGAGAGGCCCCAGCCUCCCUGCUGCCUGUGUGCCCAGCCUCAUCCCUGCUUCUUCCAGCUCUCAGCCCACCCCUGGGGGCGGCUCCUUGGCAAGGCUGCGGGGAGGGCCUGCCCAGCCAGGAGGCUCAGGGCCAGUGUCAGAGGUGCUGAAGAGACGCCCAAGGGGAUGCCUGGGGGGGCAGGCACCUUCCUCCCAGCUCGGGGGUGGGUGUGGCAGAGGCCCCGCGUGACCUUGUGGCUGACAUUCCUUGGCAGCCACGUGGCCCCAACUGGCAGGGACAGCUGCGGACAGCGACGGACCAGCUUUGUUCGCAGGGUGGCGCCUGCUCUCCAUCCAGGCCCUGCUCCUUCUGGGGGCUCGGUGGGCAGCUGGCGCUCUGCGGCCCCCUCCAUGAGUGUCUAGAGGCACGGAGCCACCAGGGUCUCUCUGGAGGGGGCUCGCGGCGCUGGGAGGAUGGGGCAGGACCAGACGAAGCAGCAGAUCGCGAAGGGGCUCCAGCUGUACCAGUCUAACCAGACAGAGAAGGCGCUGCAGGUGUGGACGAAGGUGCUGGAGAAGAGCUCGGACCUCGUGGGGCGUUUCCGCGUGCUGGGCUGCCUGGUCACGGCCCACUCGGAGAUGGGCCGCUAUAAGGAGAUGCUGAAGUUUGCUGUGGUACAGAUCGACACGGCUCGGGAGCUGGAGGAUGCCGACUUCCUCCUGGAGAGCUACCUGAACCUGGCGCGCAGCAACGAGAAGCUGUGCGAGUUUCACAAGACCAUCUCCUACUGCAAGACCUGCCUCGGCCUGCCCGGCACCCGGGCAGCCACCCAGCUCGGAGGCCAGGUCAGCCUGAGCAUGGGCAACGCCUUCCUGGGCCUCAGCCUCUUCCAGAAGGCCCUGGAGAGCUUCGAGAAGGCCCUGCGCUAUGCCCACAACAACGAUGACACCAUGCUCGAGUGCCGUGUCUGUUGCAGCCUGGGCAGCUUCUACGCCCAGGUCAAGGACUACGAAAAAGCCCUGUUCUUCCCCUGCAAGGCUGCAGAGCUCGUCAACGACUAUGGCAAAGGCUGGAGCCUCAAGUACCGGGCCAUGAGCCAGUACCACAUGGCUGUGGCGUAUCGCCUGCUGGGCCACCUGGGCAGUGCCAUGGAGUGCUGUGAGGAGUCUAUGAAGAUUGCACUGCAGCAUGGGGACCGGCCACUGCAGGCACUCUGCCUGCUCUGCUUUGCUGACAUCCACCGGAGCCGUGGGGACCUGGAGACAGCCUUCCCUAGGUACGACUCUGCCAUGAGCAUCAUGACCGAGAUUGGAAACCGCCUGGGGCAGGUACAGGUGCUGCUGGGUGUGGCCAAGUGCUGGGUGGCCAGGAAGGCGCUGGACAAGGCUCUGGAGGCCAUCGAGAGAGCCCAGGACCUGGCCGAGGAGGUGGGGAACAAGCUGAGCCAGCUCAAGCUUCACUGCCUGAGCGAGAGCAUCUACCGCAGCAGAGGUCUGCAGCGGGAGCUGCGCGCCCACGUCGUGCGCUUCCACGAGUGCGUGGAGGAGACAGAGCUCUACUGCGGCCUGUGCGGCGAGUCCAUAGGCGAGAAGAAUAGCCGGCUGCAGGCUCUGCCCUGCUCCCACAUCUUCCACCUCAGGUGCCUGCAGAACAACGGGACGCGGAGCUGCCCCAACUGCCACCGCUCAUCCAUGAAGCCUGGCUUUGUGUGACCCCAUCAGGUCGUGGGCUUCUGCCUCGCCUCCCCUGCUCCUUCUCUAGCCUCACGCUGAAGGCCGCCCUGACCAGCUGCGCCUCCAGUACCUGUUUACUCCUGGGGCAGCCUCCAGGGCCUCCUCUGGCCUCAGCCAGGGCAUGGGGCCUGCCCACUGCUGCUCCUCCAGGCCCAGCUGCCCUCCCCCACCUCUCUGUACUUUGCUCUUUACAGAAAAAUAAACCGUUUGUACCUGG